CAUUGGCGGGUGAGAACGAGAGAUCUGUUGAGGAGAAGGAAGCGGAGGGAGGCCAAGGAGUUUCUGUGGAGCUUGGCUAGUGUUAGCUGCAUCUACUGACCAGGAUGAAGUUGCUCAUUGCAUUGAUUUUUACUCCGUUUAUCGCCAGUGUCUGGGGUGCUGAAAAGAGUAAAAUAAGUAACAAAGAGCUUCAAGCCUUUACUGACGAACUGCUCAAGAAGGAUGUCAACAAUGCUGCGCAGUAUAUCCGCAUAAACUAUCAGGGGCAUACAAAGUCUAGCAGUACAAGAGAUGAAGCUCCAGAACCGCUUGUUGUGAUCAACAGUCGAGCACUCCAGAUUCCAACUAUAUCGAAGUUACGUCUUCUGUACGAUAACUACAUCCGCGAUGCUGGUGUGAAUGAGCAUGUAACGCCUGCUGAGCAUGCCGAAGAGAAUGAUCUGUUGGACUCGUUUAUUGCCACACCUGUAAUGAAAUACACGAUGCAUUUCCUCGCAGACAAAGGCUUGGUAAGUAGGGAUGUCAAAGCUCAGAAAAACCUGCUCAAACAGAUUUGGUUCACCAUGUACUCUCGAGGUGGUGGCAAGAUUGGAUCCAGUGCAUUUGAGCAUGUGUUCCUUGGGGAGCUGAAGCGGGGGGAGGUCUCUGGAAUGCACAACUGGAUCUUCUUUGGCACGGAGGAGGCACAGAGGCAGGCAGACUACAUGGGCUAUAUUAGGAAGCUGGAACUUGGAGGGAAAGGAGCAAUAUUGAAACUGCACUACAAGUGGGCCAACGUGAUGAAACCUGUUGGCUCAAUGUUUGUUGGCACCAGUCCUGAGUUGGAGAUGGCUCUGUACACAGUGUGUUUCCUUGUGCACGCUGAUGAGAAGUGUCAGGUGCGCAUGGCAGGCAAGCACUUCAGCAUCAGAACGCACACUUACCGCUAUCAAAGCAAAGAGAUUAUAGGCAGUGCUUUCCCUGAGAUAUAAUGCACCUUCAUUCAUACUACCUGCCUACAUGGAAAAAUAUCCUUAUCUGUUAUCAGUAGUGUCAUUUCUUGGGACCAUAUCAAAAGCAUGGGGAAAUAUAGCUACAACACUACCAGACUGGCCAUGAAGAGAAACAUUGACCAAUCUUGAAAUGUCUGGUGGUCACAAUCUCCGUACUAACAUUGGUAUAGAAUGUGUAUGUUUGGAACACUUACAUGUUCAGAACACAGAAAUUAAUUCUGAGCACACAAAAAUCUGUGUUGCUGUAAUACUUUGAAUUUCUCUGAACAUUGCUAAAAAUUAGAUUGAAACUAGACCUUUCUUGAUAAUAACGGUUAAUCAUGUUUCAUGUUUAUUUGAUCACUUUUAUAUAUAUUUUUUUUACUUAAGUGUCCUCUUGGGUCAUCAGAAACAAGGACAAGUAGUUUAGCAAGAAUUUUUUUAGUGCCAUGAUGUCCUGUUCAUAUUUUAACAUUGCAUUUAAACCCUUGACAUGUUGAAUAUCUUAUUUCAGAAAUUAUUUCAUUUUUAUAUCCUUAAUGAUAAUUUGCAAUUUGAAUUUUUGAACAAUGAACUGAGAGGAGACAGCAGAAGAGACUUCUUUUUUGCUGAUGUUGAUAUUCAACAAAUACAUCUGCAGUUGUAGAAUAUGUUUUAAAGCUGAUAUACCUUGAUUGUAGUGUGAAAAGGGAUGAAGAUAAAACAGUUCUUAACCGAUAUUCUUCCUAACUGAAAAUGUACUGACAAAAACAUUAAAUGCAACAUUACAUUUUUAAACUUAGUAAUGAGGUAAUAUAUGUUAAAAUGUUAUGGUAACUAUAAAAAUUAUAAGCUGGGUUAGCUCAGUCAGUAUAAUGACUAGGCUGGGCUUGACGACUGGGGUUAGAUCCCCGAUGGGGGCAGAGGAUUUUUCCUCUAGCCUCUGUGUCCAGACUGGCUCUGCGGCCCACCCAGCCUCCUUUCCAAUGGGGACUGGGGUUCUUUCCCGGAAGUAAAGCGUGGCUAGGACGUGAUGCUGACCACUCACCUCAUCUAGUGCAGAGGUCAAGAAAGAGUAGGAGCUAUACCACCAUUCCCCUCAGCACCUGCAUAGACGUGUAGCAGGACUUUAAAAAACCCCUAAAACAAUUCUCUUUUGGAUAUCCUUCUCCAAAAGAUUUUUCUACUCUUUGUAUUUGCCUGUGUUCUGCUUCAAAAUUUAAAAAAUUGCACAAAAUUUGGGGCUAUGUAUGAUAUGGAUGCAAUGUUUGUUGGAUAAUACUCAACAUUCAACAACACAGUUCAUGCCUGAAGGCCGAGUUAUGCACCAAACUUGGAAGACUUCUUUUUUUAUUAUUUAAGAAUAAUAUUGUGAUGUUAUUGGUGAUUACAUUGUGAGUGUAACAAUAUUAUCAUACACUGCAUUUAGUACUUUCACAGAACAUAACAAAAACAUGAACAUUAAUACUUAUAUUGUUACUAUAUAAAUGUUGUUCUUGCUCUCACAUUUACAAGUCUGGGAGUAAUUCCAGGAUUUUAUUUUUGGUUUACGGUCAUUGUGACCUAUUUAAACAAUGUGCAGAAUAUUAUUAAUGAAUCUUCUAUUUACUGGUAAAAAAGUGAUAAAAGCAACUAUUCUCAUCUCCUAGAAAUUAUCCAUUUAGAUAUAUUAUGGCACAUAUAGAUGUUCACUGAUAAUAUAAAGGAAAGGUCACAGCUUGAAUGAAAAUUGUGUCACACAAACGUUUAUUUUAAAUAUUCUCAUAGUAUUACUGUUAUUUUUUAUAAUUAUAUUCUUUGGUAAUAAAAUGUUGGAUUUAGGGAUUUA